CGGGCCAAAGCUCUGAGAAGAGCGAUGAAACUCACAAAGCAGUGCCUCAUUGUGCCCAUUCGGGCAACUGACUGAUGGAAAUGAGAAGUCUAUGUGCUGAGUUAAAAGCAUUUUUAGGCAACAUCAUAAAGAAGCAAAUAUUCCCACUGGGCAGGGAUCAUGAGGAGCACAUCUAUAAAAACCCAACGUUUUUUAAAGACCAAACACAUCAAGGCUCAGCGACCACGGACGAGACUCCACGAGACUUGGAACAGCUCGGAAGAGGACCACCGUGCCUGCUUGCCCCAAGCUCAAGAUGUUGUGCCGCUUGCAUCUCACCAUGCCACACAGCCCUUUGCGCAGCCGUGUCCUGUGGCCGAGCUCUUGUUCGCUCUUUGAGGAAAUAGAGCGAGAGAUCGACUCUGUCUGGGAGCGGCUGAGAAGCAACUGGCCGGCUACAAUGACCAGCCAGGAGACGACCCUUAGGACAGAGGUGACGAGCCCCGCAGAACCAUUUGCAGUGACCCAAGAUAUGACUGGAUUUGACCCCAAGGAGUUAGUGGUCAAACUGGUUGGGGAGAAGGUGGUGCUGACGGGCAAGAAGGCCACGCAGACGGCCAACGGCCCCUUCCGGUAUGAGCUGUUCCGAAGGGAAUGGGACAUCCCUGAGAAUGUGGACCGUGCUCAUCUGACCUGCUCGAUUUCUAGCGAGGGGCAGCUGCGUAUCGAAGCCCCGUCCAAGGAACCAGAACCCUCAACAAGAACAGUGCCUAUUGAGGUCAGCCAGUUGGAGAACAGUGCCCCAGUUGAGCCGGAACCAGGAGAUGCAGAAGACUCCAGGGCCAAAGCAUGAGAGACUGAACAGAAAAAAUAUUUUUUGGGGGGUGGGGGGGGUGGGAGCAACUAGACACUAUUGACUGAUAUGUUGUGCUAAUAAAUAUCCUUUUAAUAUGA